AUGGACGACGAAAACGAGGUUCUGGAUUGGGGAAACGAAGACGAUGAGCAGCAACAAGAGGCUCCGAACCCAACAGACUACGACGACAACGACGACGACGCGGUUUCUUUAGGAGAGGAGUCCCCAGAACCAGAGCCUCGCAGACAAGAAACGCCGCACAUCGACGAGACGGUCCCUCAAAAACAGAUUUCGUCGGAGGAAUCGACCUCGAGACCGCAGGAAACGACACCAGCGCCCCAACCUUCGCGAGAGGACUCUACCAGGCCCAAAAAUGGCUCGCCUAGUCGACCUCAACAGAUCCACCAGCCCCCCGCCCGCUUGACCCACGCCCUGCCUCCAAAACCGACGGUCCAAGACGUGCCCAUUGCUCCUGCAACCGCCAAAGCGACCAGCAUGAAAUCAGUAUCCAGUCGUGCUGCACCUAAAAAGGCUAACGGAGCACCUACCACAAAAAAUCCGUCCUCCACUGACCUCGACCGUGACCUCCCUCCAGAUUGGGAAAUUCGUUAUUCCAGAAAAGGAGAACCGUACUAUUGGAAUACCAGGACUCGUGAAUCGAGGUGGACCCGCCCCGCGCAUUCUGUUGGUGACGGUUCGCCUCUUGCGCCCUCGGUCAGUGACGGCAGGCAGGCAACCGCAAGUCCAGCACUUUCCAAACGUGCGGCGCAGCCCAAUUCGCCCCACAGAGGUUCCUCUCAGCUGGAUGAGCCACACAACCGGGUAGCGGAUCCGCUUUCUCAUGAAGACAGAUACUACAGGCCCUCGGGAGGGGAUGUGCUCCCUCGAAGGUCGGCCAGCAGGCGAGAUGACCAUCGAAAUGGCUCCGCAGCGGACACUUCGAGAGACUAUGCAUCUUCUUCUCGUUCAAGGAAUGUGACUGGGGCUGACUCUAGAGAGCCUCCAUUGAGCCAAUGGCGGGGUCGUGAGCCAGAGGAAGGAUCUUCCUCGGCCAGGCACGCUCCCGUCCCCGCUCGCCGGGAACGCAGUCCUCCAAGGGAAUACCCCUCCAGAGAGGAUAGGACAUCCAGCAACGCAGAGCCCAGGAGGCUACCCAAGGAACUUCAAGCCGGUCGACCUCCAUCUGACGACGAACAUUCGUCUCGUCUCCAGAAUGAAACCAAUACCGCACCCAGACGCAGGCCCUCCGUUUCUCCUCCGCCUUCAGCUCAUCGACACCUCGCGCCCAGCUACGAUGAGCGGCCUCAGGUACUGCCGGAAGAACUGUCGUCCUCGGCCACCGCCGCACCGGGUCCUGCCAGACGAAGGGAGAAGGCUUCGCGCUUUGGUCCUUCUAUCGUUCCGCCGGAAGGACAGCCCAGGCCAUCGACGAUACCUGUGAGGACGGACGAGCUCUGGGCAAGAUAUAGCCAAUCAACCUCCAAUGAACGACCGAGGAGAGCGUCGCCCGACAACAACAGGCAAAACGAUCGAUCGAACGACCGGGAUUCGCGUCAAGAGGAACAUUGGAAGCAGAGAGAGAAAGACCAUCCUGACCCUCAGCGUUCACAAUCGAGCAAUGCGACCCCUGCUCCUUAUUCCACUAACCAGACCAGGUCAGACGGUGGACGAUCAGAAGGCGACAAUCGGUACUCAGACUCCCAGGCCUUGUCGAAGGGGAAGAAUUCCUAUGACGACCCGAAGCGACCUCACAGUGACCCCGAAGGCUCGACUCAAAGCACCAAAGACGACGCAGAUACCCGAGGUGGCAAUCCAAUGGCAAGCAUCCACCCGACUCGCCUACAAGCAAUGGCACAAGAGGAAAAGAAGAAGCCCGUCGUUACCAGCUCUCCCAUUAUCUUGCCAAUCUACGACGGCCGUGGAUACGAAGGUCCUAUGCCCCCGAGGAACCCCAGGGCUUACAGGGCGAGUUCUUCUGCCACAGGACGGGCCCGGGCUCCCGCUCCCGCUCCAGAAGAGCCAAAGCCCAAACCUCCUCAUGGACCUCGAUCCCUUACGGCGACUGUUGGCAGUUACAACAAUAUUGCUAAACCUGCUAAUACCAACCCGCCUGUAGCAGAGCAUGCACCACUACCACCACCGCCGGCUGCACCCAGUCGACAGCCCUUACCGGAACGAGGGCGCGAGAUGGUUCGUGAUAAUGGAUGGCCUAAGAGGUCUCCUGAGCGACGCGAGGAACCGCGCCCGGCUGCUGGCUAUGGCCCCAAUAGCGCUCGUCAAUCGGAGAGAGCGAGGGAGGUGCCACCUGCUCUCCCUCCUGCUCCUCCUGCCCGUGAACGCCCUGAGCCACGAGAGCCAGAGCGCCGUCGAGAGCCAGGCAGAAGAGGGAGACGGGAGCGGGAACGGUUUGCGAGCGGGACCAACCAAAUCCCUGUUGUCGGUGAUCGAUAUGCGAACAGGGAUGCAGCUCGUAAACAGCCUUCGCCAGAUGCAAGGCCGAGUGAACGUCCUGCACCAGAUGACGCUCGCGACAAUCCUGCUCCUGGGAAGCAAGUUUAUGAAAGGCCCGACUCUGCAGCUCCUGAACCUGAGCCAUAUCGCCAGAGAGAUCCUCCGUCUCAUCUGCGGGAUGGCGAUAGAGCUCCGAGACGACCUUUGUCACCUCCUCCUCGGGAUUUCGAGCAACGCAAGUCUCAGCCCAACCCGAUUCCGCCUCAUUUGGCGCCAUCGGGAUCAUAUGAUGCGAGAGACUCUGGAUGGCGAUCUGGAAGUGUCGAAGAUGAGAGGCGUUACAGAGACGAACCCAGUGGUCCUCCCAGGCGCGAUGAACCUGACUAUCGCCCAGGACCUCCGCUGCGGGACUCGUAUCGUCCAUCUCCGCAAGACAGCAGACGCGAACUUCCCCCGCGCACUGAAUCUCCACCUCCCAAUCGGGAGACUGAUUCAUAUGCACCUCGCGCUCCGCCCGCUGAACCACCCCAACCUCGACCGUCACUGUCUCCCACAAGGGGCCGCACGUCGUUCGGCGGUGUUCCGCCACCCAUGGUUCACCCGUUGCCAGCCAACCCGAUGCUUGCAAUGAAGGAAGGAAAGACGUCGCAUGAACCGCCGUCAGCACCUCCUCAUGUCGACGACCAGGAACGUGCCGAGAAGCGUAGGAGGUGGGGAAGUCCGGUUCGUGACGACGGACCUUCCUCCAGCACUAGGAAUGCCCACCCCGAUGAUCGACACCGAAGAGGUCAUCCUAACGACUCUUUUGACUACAGCUCUCGACCCCUUCCUCCCCGUCGGCGUUCACGUUCACGGGAAAGGAGUAGGAGCAGGAGUCGGAGCAGGGGUCGUGAUGCGGAUAUGGACGUGGACAGACCCCACGCUCCUCCACUCGUCCGUGGCAAUUCCCUGCUUGAGCGGAUGGAAGGUGUGAAGGAUUUGCCUGUUCCUCCUACUCCCUCGCUUCGGGAUCGAGUAGGCAUACCGCAGAAACGGCAUCAACACGAGAUGAACGGGGACUCGUACGAGCCUGGGGCUGAUGGGGAAGUGGCCAUGAAGCGACGCAGGAGGGCGCCGGGUGGGAGGGCGAGGAGGCGGGAUGGGAAGCGGUGA